ACCGGGUAAGUGCUUGGCAAGUGCUCAUAUUUUAUAGUGUUUGGCAAAUAUUCGGUAGUCGAUAUUCGACUUCUAUAUGUUACUGUUUUACUUUGUUGAUGGGGUUUGCUCGCCACUCUUCCUGGUCACUUGUGACUGAUAUAACUUUAUAUAAAAGGCAAAAACGUGUUCUUGGAUCCUAGCUAGAAAUUCGUAUUAUAAAGCUAAUUGUUGCAUUUCGUUUAGGUGCUCAAAAAAUAUUUCUUUAUCAAACUUCGAGCAUUUAUCAAUUUGCCCAAAAAUGUCUGCUGGCAACGAGAACGGUGUCCGUCUGGACAAGUUCAAGAAUAAGGGAAAAGAUGCAACUGAACUUAGACGCAGGAGAGUAGAAGUGAACGUCGAACUUCGCAAGGCAAAGAAGGACGAUCAGAUCUUCAAAAGAAGAAAUGUCACUACUUUGGUCGACGAGGCAACUUCCCCACUUCAAGAGAAAAGUCAAAACUGUCAAGCCACUCGACAGUGGACCGUGGAGGAGAUUCUUGCUGGUGUGAACAGUAACAACCUUGAUGCCCAGCUCAACGCUACGCAGGCUGCAAGGAAGUUGCUAUCCCGUGAGAGACAUCCUCCCAUUGACCACAUCAUCAGUGCUGGGCUGAUUCCUAAGUUAGUUGCAUUCUUGUGUUUGGAGUCACCCCCUAUCCAGUUUGAGGCUGCCUGGGCUCUAACCAACAUUGCAUCUGGAACAUCUGACCAGACCAGUGCUGUUGUGGAGGGCGGAGCCAUUCCAGCCUUCAUCAGGCUUGUCUUGUCUCCCCACCCACACAUCAGCGAGCAGGCUGUCUGGGCUUUGGGUAACAUUGCAGGUGAUGGGUCGGUCUACAGAGACCAGGUCAUCAAGCAUGGAGCUGUGGCCCCCCUGCUUAGUCUGCUCGCUGUCCCUGAGCUCUCUUUGUUCUCUUCUGGCUACCUGAGGAACAUCACCUGGACGUUGUCAAACUUGUGCCGCAACAAGAACCCGUCUCCCCCUCUGGCAGCCGUGCAGCAGAUCAUGCCCACUCUGGUGCGUCUGCUGCACUAUGAUGAUAAGGAGGUGCUGGCAGACACCUGCUGGGCAUUGUCCUAUCUUACCGACGGGCCCAAUGAUCGCAUUGAGGUGGUGGUGCAGACUGGCCUGAUCUCCCGCCUGGUGCAGCUGCUUGGCUCUGGGGAGAUCGCUGUUGUGACUCCUUCUCUGCGUGCCAUUGGCAAUAUGGUGAGUGGUACGGAUGAGCAGACUCAGGCCGUGCUGAACGCUGGGGCCCUCUCCAUGUUUCCUGGCCUGCUUCGCCACCACAAGAGUAACAUCCAGAAGGAGGCCUCCUGGACCCUGUCCAACAUCACUGCAGGGAGAGACUCUCAGAUCCAGGAUAUCAUCAAUGCUGGCCUGGUUCCUCUCAUGGUAGAUGUCCUACGCAAGGGUGACUACAAGACUCAGAAAGAGGUAGUUUGGGCAAUAACCAACUUUACCAGUGGGGGCACAGUUGAUCAGGUUGUGUACCUUGUUCAAGCCAAUGUGCUGGAGCCUUUGUUGAAUCUACUCUCAACAAAGGACAGCAAAACCAUCCUUGUCAUCUUGGAUGCCAUCACCAACAUUUUCCUGGCUGGAGAUAAGAUUGGUGAAGCAGAAAGGCUGUGCAUGAUGAUCGAGGAAUGUGGUGGGCUAGACAAGAUUGAAGCUCUGCAGUCCCAUGAGAAUGAGCUAGUCUACAAGGCCUCCCUCAACCUGAUUGAGAAAUAUUUCUCUGGCGAGGAAGAGGAAGACAAAUGUGUUGCUCCAGAAUUGACAACUGAUGGAUAUGCAUUCCAGAUCAGUGAGAACCAAAGAACUUUCAACUUCUAAAUACCACUUUUCCUUUAAUCUCUACUGUAUACUGCCACUGUUUGUCCUCUAAUAAUGGACUUCCAUUGUCUGAAAUGUACAUAUGUUUUUAUAAAUGUCUGUAAAUAAAUGUCUUAAAAAUUUCAA